AUGGCUCCCUUGAGAGUCGCCUUCCUAGGGCCACUGGGGUCCUUUUCGCAUCAGGCUGCUGCAGAGUCCUUUUGCAAAGUAUCCGCCGAUCUACAACCUCAAGUCUCAUUCCCCGAUGCCUUCGCCGCGCUCCAAGAGAAAGAGACCGACUUCGCUGUGAUUCCGUGCGAGAACUCAACCAAUGGUUCUGUAGUGCAGACAUUAGACCUAUUAGCAGACCGGGAUGGUUUGUAUAAAGACGUGAAAGUGUGCGGAGAAUAUUACCUGACAGUGCACCACUGCCUUAUGGUGCGCAAGGGCACAUUUCCCGGUGGUUGGGCAGACUACGAUGGCUCGAUAACAAAGCUAUACACACAUCCGCAGGCUUGGGGCCAGUGUGAAACUUUUUUGACCAAGUACCUUAAGGGCGUCGAGAGACAAGAUGUCGCCUCCACAUCCAAGGCUGCGGAGAUUGUCUCCAAGGAGACAACGGAACGAGGUGCUGCCAUUGCCAAUCGUUUUGCGGCAGAACAACACGGGACGGACAUUCUCGUGGAAAACAUUGAGGACAGAGCAGACAAUACUACGCGCUUCCUGAUCUUCAGAAAUGUCCUUGAUGAUGCCACUGCCCAUUUCAAAGUCGAGCAGCCGAACCUGCCUACGUCGGAAGGCGAAUUUGCCCUCGGAGCUACGCACAAAACUUUGAUUGCCUUUACGAUCGAUCAUUCUUCUCCAGGUGCACUGGCGAAUGCGCUGUUGAUCUUCAAGGCUCAUGGCUUGAACCUUACGAGCAUUAACACAAGGCCGAGUUUGAAGAAGCCAUGGCAAUAUAUCUUUUUCGUUGAGUGCGGAAGAACACCCUCGGAUAAGAACAAAGAUGCAGUCCACAAGGCUCUCAAUGAUUUGCGUCAAGUCAGUGAGACGUGUAAGGACUUGGGGACCUGGGAAGAUCAGCUAAGUGCACGCAAUGCUUGA